AUGUUAAUGACAGAUACUUUACCAAAAUUACAACAAUAUUUUUUAACACAUGGUAUCUAUGUUAAUUUUAUUGAUUGUAAUUUAAAUUGGGAUCAUGAUUUAUCUCGAAAUCCAUAUCAUAUUAUACAAUAUAUGAAAGAAGUUCAUGAUGCUUAUAAAACAUCAACUGGAUUAUUUUUCUUGAGUUUAAUUGGAAAUAAAUAUGGUCCUAUUGUUUUACCCAGUGAAUUAUCAACAAGUGAUUUUAAUAAUAUAAAAACUGCUGCAUCAGAUUUAAAUAAAGAUGUUAAAUUACUUGAACGAUGGUAUUUAUUAGAUGAUAAAUUAUCACCACCUGCUUAUAAAUUAAAAGAUCCCGAUGAAGAUUUUUCCAAUAUAUUAUCACGAUCAUCAUCAACAUAUGAUAUAAGUAUACGAGAAAGUCAAGAAUGGAAUGAUGUAUAUACAACUCUAGCUGAUUUAUUCAUCAGUGUUCUACAUGAAAAAUCUAAUUUAAAAUCUAAGCAUGAUACAUCAUCAUUACAUGAUAUUCAACUGCUUUCCGGCGUUGAAAUGCUAUUCAAUUACGCAGCUAAACUAUCUUCAUCCGGUUGCAUGUGCGUCUUACGGCAAAUUGAUGGUUUAAAUGAAAAAAGUAAAGGCAAUGAAUCAUAUAUUGAUGUCCUACCGGGCAGUAAUCGUUUGGAUAAAACUCGUCAAGAAAAAUUAAAACGUUUUCGUGAAUCUUUAAUGAAUAAAUUAACAUUGAAUGAUGAUAAUGAUAGUAAAAUCGAAGAUAAUCGAGCCAUAUUUAAUAUACAAUGGAAAGAAAAUGGUGAAUUUCAAUUAGAUGAUGUCGAUUAUCAACGUUAUUUACGUACAUUAAAUGCAGCAAUAUUUCUUCGUGUUAAAUCGGCAUGUGAACGUCAAAUUGAUCAAUCAAUAUCAAGUCAUUUGAAACGUCCUGAACAAAUUUUAUAUAAUGAAACACUUGUUCAUUUAACAUAUUAUUCAAAAUUAUCAUCACAUACAUGUUUAGGUUUUGAAAAUUUUGUAGAAAAUAAUAAUUUAUUUAAAAAAUGGUUAUUAUCAGCGAAUACAAAUGAACAUUAUCCAUUAAUGAUUGUUGGUAGUCGAGCAUCAGGAAAAACUUUAUUAUGCACAAAAUUAGCUCAAUAUCUUUUGAAUACAUUAGGAAAGAAUGCUCAAUGUAUAAUACGUUAUUUUAAUUUAACAUCAAGAUCACGAAAUCUUGUCGAAUUAUUUUCAUCCAUAUGUACACAAAUGAGUUCAUUUCAAAAUGCACCACCAUUAGUCAAUGAUCAUAAACUUGAUCGUGUAGAAUAUUAUCUAUCUGUUUUAACAAAUCUAUCAAAAAAUCAAAAACCAAUUAUUAUUGUAAUUGAUGGUAUUGAAGAAGGAACACCAACAAGUCAAUAUACGGCAUCAAUGGCAUAUUAUCAAGCAUUACUUCAUUUACUUCCACCUAAAGUCUAUGUAAUAUUAUCAGUUAGUCGAAAUAUUCAUGCAACUCCUCAUUCCGAUAUGCAAAUUCGUGAAAUUCUUGAACGAUUAGAAAAAGAUGAAUGUAUUAUUGAAUUACCAUUUUCAAUUGAAACAAUACAUAUUCGUGAUUUAAGUUUACAUAUAAAAUCGGAAUUAAAUACAAUUAAACGAAAUGUAACCGAUUCAGUUUUACAAGCUCUUUCAAAAUGUAUAUAUCAACAAUUAGAUAAACAAUCGCAAAUAUUUUUUCUUCUUCGUUUGGUGUUAAAUGAAAGCUAUUUUAGUUACAUAUCACAACGAAAGAAAAAAUUAGAUUUAACAGAUUUAAAUAUAGAAGAAAUUCUUAAUGCAUAUAUUGAUCAUUGUGAACGAAAAUUCGGUCCAAAAAUAUGUUCUCUCAUAUUUAAUUAUAUAAGUUCAUCACAAGCAGCAAUUCAUGAACUUGAAUUACUUGAUAUAUUAUCUUGUAAUAAUGAAUUUUUCUUAGAAUAUUUUCAAAAAGAUUUACCGAAAUAUUUACGUUUUCCAUCAUCAUUAUGGAUUGCUAUUAAAUAUACAUUAGGUCCAUUAUUAUCAAUAAGAUAUUUUGAUUUAAAAGUUGUUAUUUGUUGGAGUCAUUCAUUUAUUCGAAGACAUAUGAAACAAAAAUAUUUAAAACGAGUUGAAGAUAUUCGUAUUUCACAUCGAGAUAUUUCAAAUUAUUUUCUGGAAUCUUUCAUCGAAUCAAAACCAUUAGUCGACAUGGGACGUAACAUUCAAAUCAGAGGAGAUAAUGCACGUCGUUUCGUCUUACAACAACCACUUCUUUAUUCCGAAACAGCAUAUAAUUAUCGACGAUUAGGUGAAUUAUGGUAUCAAUUGAUGCAUUCUGGUGAUAUUGAUCGUUUAAAAGAACAUACAUUAUGUUGUUUUGACUAUUUAUUAGCUAAAAUUCAUGGUUCAUCGAUUGAACAAUUAUUAUGGGAAAUCGAUAUAGUUUGUAGUAAUAUUCUCGAUGCUGACGUUCUUCUCGUACAAACAAUAUUAAGAAAUAUAAUUCAUAUUGUUUCAUAUGAUCCAGUUUUACUGGCUGGUGAAAUGAUUUUACGUUUAAAAAAUAUAAAAAAUCAUUAUAAUGAACAUAUUGAAGUCUUAUUUGCUCAAGCACAUGAUUGGUGUGAUUCAUCUAGUGCAUCAGUAUUUGUUCCAUUAUCUUCAUGGAUAUCAACAGUACCAUCAAUGACUAUAACUGUAUUACCAUGUGCUGAUGGAGCAUUUAAAAUAGCACCCACAACAUUCAAUCAACAUGUUUUUUGUACAACACGUGCAAAUGAAAUAGCUAUGUAUCAUAUACCAUCAAAAAAACUUGUUAAAAAAUUUACCGGUCAUACAUCACAAAUUACAGCUAUACAAUUAACACAUAAUAAUAAAUAUUUAGUAUCGUCAUCAACAGAUCGUACUAUAAAAUUAUUUAAUUUGAAUUCCGGAGAAUUAGAAAAUAGUUAUUGUGUUCAUCAAGAUGAAGUACUUUGUAUGACAGUUUCACAUAAUAAUGAACAAAUUGUAACUGGAUCUCGUGAUCGAUUUAUUAUUGUAUUUCGUUCGGACAAUGGUGAAAUUGAACAUUCAAUUGAACAACAUACAGAUGCUGUCACUGCUGUUGCACUUACACAAGAUGAUGGUCUAUUAAUUUCUGCUUCACGUGAUCAAACUAUAAAACGAUGGACAUUUCGUGGUAUGCAAUUACUUGAUGUUAUUGAUACAGUUGGCUCACCAAUUACACAUAUGAUUAUAUCUACUGAUGAUACAUUUAUAAUAGUUUCAUGUGAUAAUAAAACAGUUCAAGUUAAAUCACUUGUUACUGGAAGUGAUAUACAUAAUCUUGAAGGACAUUCAUCUGAAGUGACAAGUCUUUCAGUAUCAAAUGAUUCGAUAUGUUGUUAUGUUGGUUGUAGUGAUGGACAUAUAUAUGUUUAUAAUUUACGUUCACAAAUUCUUCUUCGAACAUUAACACAUCAUGAUUCAGCUAUUACUGAUCUUAAUAUAUCAAUGGAUGAUUAUUUUCUUUUUUCUGCAGCUGAAAAUGCAAUACAUGUUUUAAAUGUUAAACAACAAUCCAAUGGUUUUCAAACAACUGAUCCAUUGUCAUCACCAGAUGCUAUUACAGCAUUAUCGAUAUCACGUGAAGGUGAUGUUGCUAUAGCUGGUUGUGCAGCUGGUAGUGUUCGAUUAUUUAAUUUGAUUGAUGGAGAAUUUACUGAACGUACAACUGAUCAUAAAGGGCCUGUUACACAAGUCGCACUUUCACAUUCAUAUUUAUUUUCAUUAUCCGGAUCAAAAGAUACAACAAUUAAAGUUUAUGAUAAUGAAAUGGGAGAAAUUGUUGCAGAAUUUACUGAUCAUACAGCACCAAUAGCACAUGUACGAAUACUAGAAGAUAAUCGAAAGAUUCUAUCAAGUGAUGAACAAAAUUAUAUUAAAACAUGGUGGGCAAAUACAGGAGAACCAAUUGAUUCAUAUAAUAUACCAUGUAAAAUGCUUGGUGUAUCACCUGAUGGUAAAUAUGUUGUAUCAGGAAAUGGAGAUCAUCUUUUAAAAAUUUGGUCAUUGGAUGAUGCACGUGUUGUUCGUUCAAUAGAUCAUACAGAAGGAAAAAUAACUUGUAUGGCAUUUCGAGCCGAUUCACAAUAUUUAAUUACUGGAGGUGAAGAUUUUAGUUGUAAAUUAUGGGAAUUAGCAUCAGGAAAACUUACACAAGUUCUUGUUGAACAUGAACAUUCAAUUUCGGCUGUUGCAAUUAGUGAAGAUGGAAAACAUGUUCUUAGUGGUGAUAAUGAUGGUCACGCUCUUAUAUGGUCAUUCAAAGAUGGUGCUGUUGUACAUAAGCUUACAAGACAUAAAAAUGCAAUCGUUACUGUCUCAUUUACUAUUGAUAGCAAUAUUGCAAUAACCGCAUCUCAAGAUGGUUUUCUUCAAGCAUGGUCAACUUUAACUGGUAUUUGUAUAGCUGCAUUUCAUUUUAAUCAUACACUCAUUAAAUUACUUGUAUCACAAAGUGGAGCACGUUAUGCAGCAAUUUUACAAAAUACAUCUUGUGUUGCUAUGUUAAGUCUUUUUAAUAUUCCAUCUGGUGAAGUUACAAAGAUGCCACAACGUCACAAUCAAACAUUUUGUGAUCCAAAUAAUAUCCUAUUACCAAUAAAACCCAAACCAUUACUUUUUCCAAAAGAGUCAACAUUUUUAUACGAUGAAUCUAAUCAAAUUUUAAAAUCCGAUCAAAUUGCUGGCGAUACUAUAUUAAAUAAGAUCUAA